AUGGCUAGUUCCAGCAACACCGAAAAAGCCGGUGGUCAGGGUGGUCAGAACGAGCUCGAGACCAUCAGGCAACACAUUCACUUUGAACUUCCGAAGUCAAGUCCUGGCAAAGAAUGGCUAGCAUAUCCGGAGUUACCUACGGGUCGAGAACUCCUGGUUGAUUAUGCUGGCCCUAAAGAUGGCGCGGGACGUGAGCGCGUGUUGCCCAAUACCUGGAAAGAACCUUGGCAGAGCAAGAACCAGUAUCUUGAGACUCACUAUCGCCUGCAGAGAGAGGAAGGACUGAACAUGCUUUCCUACUCCAUUCAGAAGUAUAAGAUGGACCCUAAUAUGAAGGACGAUGAUGAGACUUGCAUUUACACCAAGGUUUUUGUCCAAGGCUACCUAAUGACCCGUCUCGGUCCUAUGUGCAAAGUUCAAUUCUCCACAGAGAGAUCUGGAAAAAAGAUACGUUGGACCCAGACUCGUCGCCUCACUGUAGGCACCCUAGUCGCUAUUUCGACUGUUAGUGAUGGUUUCAAAACCAUCUGUAUGCCAGCUGUCAUUUCCGAUCAUCGCAUUCGGGAUGGAUUAGACCAAAACCCCCCCACCAUACACUUCCAAUGGGCCAACUUGGACGACGCUGUCAUUGAUCCCAAUGAAGAGCUCGUCAUGAUCGAGACCCGCUAUGGCUAUUAUGAAGCCGUGCGGCAUGCUAUGAUCGGUUUGCAGCAUGUUGCGAAUACACCGACCCCACUCGACAAGUACCUUGUCCACGCCGACCGAAAUGAUGGUACUGCAAAGUAUGUUGAGAAAAAUCCCAAGAUGGAUGUUCACUCCUUAGUCCAUCACAUUCCGAACUCGGCGUCUAUGUCAAAAACCGAGUUGGAUGCAAAGACUUGGAACGUCGAGGAGCCUCUCCGAGACUAUCCUGUGCUUGAUGGCUUCGACAGUAGCCUGUCUCAAUAUACUAACUUGGACAAUUCCCAGCUUAGUGCUGUACAUCGUAUUCUCACCAAGGAGCUUGCGAUUGUCCAAGGUCCCCCAGGCACAGGCAAGACUUUUACUUCAGUUCAAGCCUUGAAGAUCCUCUUGCACUCACAAAGAGGAUCGGACAACAACGUCAUCAUUGUUGCCGCCCAAACGAAUCAUGCGGUUGACCAACUAUUGACUCAACUAAUUGAUGCGAAAUCUAACGUUGUUCGUCUCGGUGGUCGUACCCAAAACGACCUCAUUAAGCAGCAUAGCAUGUAUAAUCUCCGUCGUCGACGUCGCCAUGUACUACCAGGCACGCAUCGCGCAGACCGAGAUAUGAAGACAUUGGAGGCUGCACGCAAGAAGAACGUUGCGAAGCUGGAGCACAUCAUCGACGGCAUAUUUCCUGAUGGCCUAAUUGACCCGGAAAUCCUUUGCCGUGCGGGCAUUAUAUCGGAUGGUCAGCUUGCAUCCCUCCAGGGCGAAGAUGAAUGGGUCACGGAGCCCAUUCAUUCUGCUCAGCCUCUCGGACUGCUAUCACAUUGGCUCGGGAACCAACUCGUACGAGUGGAGAAACAAUAUGAGCAGGACCCUGAAUUUCAGGAGGAGGAGGAUGAUGAUAAGGUAGACCUUGACUUGGAGGACUUGGAUCUUGAGCUCGACGAUUAUGUAUUCGAUGAGGACGAGAAUUCCGGUCGGCUCGAAGGCAAAUUUCUCCCAAUUAUGCAUUUCUGGACUGGCGCAAAUGUUCGAAACCACGCUGCUGAUGACAUGGCGAUCUCCCGAGAAAGUAAAAGUGCGAAUCUGUGGGACAUUGAACCUAAGUAUCGCGGCGCUGUCUAUCAGCAAUGGCAGAAACAAUUACUGUCCUUAUAUGGUGAUAACUUUCGCCACAUUCUUGCCGACAAUGUCCGUAUCACCAAGAAUCUCAAGAUCAACCGGUGGUACAAGGAUACGCAAUGCAUCAAGGCAGGGCACAUCAAUAUCAUCGGCUGCACAACCACAGGCUUGUGCAAAUAUCGUGGACUACUCGCGGCACUGCGACCGCGAACGAUGUUGAUCGAAGAGGCUGCCGAAACUCGCGAAGCCAACAUUCUUUCCGCCCUCUAUGGCUCACUGCAGCAACUUAUCCUUGUAGGAGAUCACCAACAGCUGGCACCCCAUUGCGACACGCCUGGGCUAGCAGAUGAGCCAUACAAUAUGCGAAUCUCGAUGUUCGAAAGGCUUGUCAAUCUGAAAAUGCCUUUCACCGUACUAAACAUGCAACGAAGAAUGAUUCCUUCGCUUCGCCAAGUGCUAAACCCGUUUUACCCGGCCUUACAGGAUCACCCGGUAGUGACAAAAAGCACUUCUCGACCCCCCGUUCCGGGCAUGGCCGUGCCAUCCUUCUUUUUCAGUCAUACUUGGAUGGAAGGAAUGGAUGAGAACCUGAGCAGGUACAACAUCCUUGAAGCCGAAAUGAUCGUGCAGUUCAUAGAUUAUCUUUUGAUGAAUGGAGUCGAGGCAAACCAGAUCACUGUCCUGACCUUCUAUCGCGGUCAAAAGAAGAAGAUUGCAACCCUGCUCAAGAGUAAGCUUGGAGGACAGUGGGGACAAUUCAGUAACAUUUUCACUGUGGAUUCUUACCAAGGAGAAGAGAAUGACAUUGUCAUUCUAUCGUUGGUGCGAAGCAACGGUUACAACGGCCCCCAUCAGGCCGGCUUUCUUCAGGACGAGAAUCGUGGUGUUGUGUCCAUCAGUCGAGCACGUCGGGGCUUCUACAUAUUUGGCAAUAUGAGAAAUUUGGCAUUUGCCAGCGAUGCUUCCUUCAGAAUGUGGGGGAAGGUCUACGAUGUCUUUGCUAAGCAAGGACGAUUCAGCGAGAGCUAUUUGCCAAUCACAUGUCAGAAGCACAAGAAAACCACAUACAUGUCCCAUCCUGAAGAUUGGGUUAAUUGUCACGGCGGCUGUGAUGCAGCGUGCCCUGACGUUUUAGAAUGUGGCCAUGCAUGUGGACGUCAAUGCCACUGGAUGCCCCAUGAGAACCUCGUCUGCCGAAAACCAUGCGAACGGAUCCUUAACUGUGGUCAUCGUUGCCAGCAGUUAUGUGGUGAGCAUUGUCUAUGCACCUGUGCAGUCUUCACAGGUGCCUUUUCUCAUGACGAAUUCCGAAGACAAAAUGCCACCCUUGAGAGUGGAAAUUUGAACCUUGUCUAUAACCGAGCCCUCGAAGGCCCAUUUAUCACCCGCGAAGAGCGUCAAAUGGCAGCAGCAUCAAAAGAGAAGGAGGACAGAGAUCGAGCUCAAGCUCAAGCCCAGCAAGUGCCGUACGGCUAUAAAGGUGGCUUAGGGUACAACGGAAGCCGACAAAAUACUCACAACCCUCCCAACUUUGUCCAUUCAGGGACUGGAAAAGGUUAUACCUGGGCUAAUUAUGAUGCCCGCGCCGAUGACGAGAGAAUUUGGAAACAGGCGAUAGAAGCCCAACGCCGUGCUCCGCCGUCGUCGCCCAAGCCAAUCCAGGACAGUUUUCGUCAGGUUACGAUUGACGAAAAUGGCAAGCGUCGUGUUGGAGAAAUCAUUACUACCGAACACAAAGCUCCGGCGUCUCCCAAAAGAGAUGAUGGUCUCGUGGCCUUUGACGAUAGUGUCAAAGCAUUGGCUUUGUUAGAGCCUAAGUCUCUAACUACUUCUAAGCCUAUACCUUCCUCUAAGGGUAAAGCUACUCAAAUCGCUCCGGGCCACCAGGGCCUUGGAUGCCGUCCACAACAUCUGGAAGUUGAGGGUACAGCUGCCAAUCCUGUCCAUCGCCAGCCAGCCGUCACCCAUAGCCAUCCCGCUUUGGGACGUAAGCGCACAAAGCUAAUAAAGUCGCUACAACAAUUACAAAUUGAUGAGGAUGAGCCUCAUAAGCCCCUAUGUGACUCAGCUGAAUGGGAAUUGGCGAGUGUUUCGCAUGUGGUUGCUUCAGAAGCAGAAGUACAGACACCGAACGAAAUAGAGGAGGGUGCACUGAACGCAGCAGAGGAGGGUACACUGAUCGUGAUAGAGGAGGAUACACUGAACGAAGCAGAGGAGGGUGGUCAGUCUGAGGAUUUGCUUGUUGAUAUGCAGGAGGAAGACUUGAUAAGCUUCUGAUUGCUGAACUGCCGGAUGGGUAAUGGCCUAAGU